CCAUCUUCCUCUCCACUCGGUCAAAGAAGGUCGACUCUGGCUGUGGAGAACAGGAAACACCAAUCGCAUUUUUGCCAAUAAUCACCACCAAACAUUUUCAAUUCCUUUGCUUUUUCUUUUCCUCUUUUCAUUUUGAGGAUUCAUCAUCAAAAUGGCAAUUUCGGCACCAACAAGGAUCUCUCAGAUUUGUUGCUUCUCCUCGAUCGACCGCAGAUUUCAGCUGCAGAGACGAUCCAUCAAAUUGCCAACAGCUAUUCGUAAGUCAUUUGUUGUUAUGAGCAUUGAUGGAAGUGGCAUGGAAACUACCAGUUCUCAGGAUAAAACGGCUCUAAGAUAUAGUGGUGAAGUAUCAAAACCUUAUGUAGAAGGGGCGACGAAGUUACAUUCCGCAAGAAACGAGAACGGUGAGGAAACGACAGAGGUGAGAGACUCGGUGCAGGAAGAUGCUGUUGGUCAACCGAAAAGGGGCGCCAAAAUCCAUGAUUUUUGUUUUGGCAUUCCUUAUGGUGGUCUUGUUCUUAGUGGGGGGCUCAUUGGUUCUAUGUUCUCAAGAAACUUUUCAACUUUAAGAACCGGUUUGCUUUUUGGAGGUGCUCUGCUAGCUCUCAGUACAUUCAGCUUAAAGAUCUGGAGGCAGGGAAAGUCAAGUUUACCAUUCAUACUUGGGCAAGCAGUGCUUUCAGCAGUCCUUUUCUGGGGGAACUUUACAGCCUAUUCCUUGACAAAGAAGCUAAUUCCAACGGGUUUUUAUGCUGCAAUUAGUGCUGCAAUGCUAUGCUUCUAUUUUUAUGUGGUUAUAUCUGGAGGAAACCCACCACCAAAGAAGUUGAAGUCAUCUGUUAGUGUCUCAUCUUGAUUUUUAUGACAAUAUGAAGGUUGGCAUGUUUCUUGUGGUAAUGUUUUGCAGUAUGGGUCAACUAAGGUCAAUAGGUAGAUGUGCCCUGAAUCUUUUGUUAUUUGAACACAAACUGCAGGAGAGCUAUGUGUUUACUAUCUUUGUUUUAUGUCUUGUGGAAAGCAACACUACAUAAGAUGACAGGUAGAGGAAAGUGCUUUUCUGCAGCAAUAACAUCACAGUUAGCUAAAUUAGUAGUUUGUGGCUUAAGAAUUUUUAUUAAUUUGUCGAUUGUGGAGCAAGAACCUUGAAUGAACUUGUAUAAGAAAGAAGACUUUUAGAAUAUGUUAAUGCAUAACAUACCUCCUAUUCUUUUCUA